GCGCGCGGCCUUGUGGGUAACGCGGGGCCGCCAGGUGACAGCUAAUGGCGGCGGCCGCCUGAGGCGGGCGGGCGGUAGAGCAGGCGGCAGGAGGCGAGCGGCGAAACCUUCCCGGCCGCCGCUCCCGUCCCGACGGCGGCUUCCCCAAGGCGGCAGGACUCGGCGCGUCAUGGACAGGCCGGUGGCGGCGGCAGUGGCGGCGGCGGGCUGCGAGGGCGGCGGGGGCCCGAACCCGGGGCCGGCGGGCGGCAGGAGGCCUCCUCGGGCCGCGGGGGGCGCCGCCGCCGGCUCCCGGCAGCCCAGCAUGGAGACCCUGGACAGUCCUACAGGAUCACAUGUUGAAUGGUGUAAACAGCUUAUAGCUGCUACAAUUUCUAGUCAGAUUUCAGGUUCAGUGACAUCAGAAAAUGUAUCCAGAGAUUACAAGGUUUUCAGGAGGCCUGAUAUAAGGGCUCUAAGGGAUGGAAAUAAGCUGGCACAGAUGGAAGAGGCUCCACUUUUUCCAGGAGAAUCAAUUAAAGCCAUUGUGAAAGAUGUCAUGUAUAUCUGCCCAUUUAUGGGAGCAGUGAGUGGAACCCUGACAGUGACGGACUUUAAGCUGUACUUCAAAAAUGUCGAGAGGGACCCACAUUUUAUCCUUGAUGUUCCCCUUGGAGUGAUCAGCAGAGUUGAGAAGAUUGGAGCACAGAGCCAUGGAGACAAUUCCUGUGGCAUAGAGAUAGUGUGCAAGGAUAUGAGGAACUUGCGGCUUGCUUAUAAACAGGAAGAACAGAGUAAACUAGGGAUAUUUGAAAACCUCAACAAACAUGCAUUUCCUCUUUCUAAUGGACAGGCACUAUUUGCAUUCAGCUAUAAAGAAAAAUUUUCAAUUAAUGGCUGGAAAGUUUAUGAUCCAGUAUCUGAAUAUAAGAGACAGGGUUUGCCAAAUGAGAGUUGGAAAAUAUCCAAAAUAAACAGUAAUUAUGAGUUCUGUGACACCUACCCUGCCAUCAUUGUUGUGCCAACUAGUGUAAAAGAUGAUGACCUUUCAAAAGUGGCAGCUUUUCGAGCAAAAGGCAGAGUCCCUGUGUUGUCAUGGAUUCAUCCAGAAAGUCAAGCAACAAUUACCCGUUGCAGCCAGCCACUUGUGGGUCCCAAUGAUAAGCGCUGCAAAGAGGAUGAAAAAUAUUUGCAAACAAUAAUGGAUGCUAACGCACAGUCACACAAGCUUAUCAUUUUUGAUGCUCGACAAAACAGUGUCGCUGAUACCAACAAGACAAAGGGUGGAGGAUAUGAAAGUGAAAGUGCUUACCCAAACGCAGAACUUGUGUUCUUGGAGAUCCACAACAUUCAUGUCAUGCGAGAGUCACUACGCAAAUUAAAAGAGAUUGUGUACCCUUCAAUCGAUGAGACACGGUGGCUCUCCAAUGUGGAUGGGACACAUUGGCUGGAAUAUAUAAGGAUGCUGCUUGCUGGGGCAGUAAGAAUUGCUGAUAAAAUAGAAUCCGGGAAAACAUCUGUGGUGGUGCAUUGCAGCGAUGGUUGGGACCGAACAGCCCAGCUCACAUCUCUGGCUAUGCUAAUGUUGGACAGUUACUACAGGACCAUUAAAGGAUUUGAAACUCUCGUAGAAAAGGAGUGGAUAAGCUUUGGACACAGGUUUGCACUGCGAGUGGGCCAUGGUAAUGACAACCAUGCUGAUGCUGACCGAUCUCCUAUAUUUCUGCAGUUUAUUGAUUGUGUUUGGCAAAUGACAAGACAGUUUCCUUCAGCAUUCGAGUUUAAUGAGCUAUUCUUGAUUACAAUUUUGGAUCACCUUUAUAGCUGUCUUUUUGGGACCUUUUUGUGCAACUGUGAACAGCAGCGAUUCAAAGAGAUAGCUCGUGGGAAGUCAGCAGCAGAAUGGGAGAAAAUGCUGUUGGCCUUGCCGUUUUCUCACGUGACUUUGUCGUUGUGCUUGAUCCAUUGUUUAAUGUUUACCUGCCUCACCAUGCCUGCACAUUUGGGUGUUUUUGUUCAGAUGAGCCAUGAUGUGUAUACAAAGACGAUAUCUUUAUGGUCGUAUAUCAAUAGCCAACUAGAUGAGUUUUCUAAUCCCUUCUUUGUGAAUUAUGAAAACCACGUGUUAUAUCCUGUUGCUAGUCUGAGUCAUUUGGAAUUGUGGGUAAACUAUUAUGUACGAUGGAAUCCACGGAUGAGACCUCAGAUGCCCAUUCACCAGAAUCUCAAGGAGCUGCUGGCCGUCAGGGCGGAGCUGCAGAAGCGUGUGGAGGGCCUACAGCGGGAGGUGGCCACGCGUGCCAUCUCAUCCUCAUCUGAGCGGGGCUCCUCGCCCUCCCACUCUGCCACCUCCGUCCACACCUCAGUGUGACGGGCGAGGCCAGCCUGCUGCCCCACUGUCUGCCGGCGGCUCAGGAAAGGGGCCUGGCCAUCACUGUUACGGCUGUAGCUUGUGAUCUUGUCUUUUAGGAUUAGGCCCGGGGACCAUUUGUGUGGCUAGGUGACAGCUCCCACUGUUGGCGAGAGUGCUUUUUGUUUUGUGAACAGCCCGUUACCCUCCUGUCAGCGGUUUCACAGGGGAGCCGUCUGUCACAUCCACCCUGUGAAGCAACUUCUAGCGUCCAGGCAGCUUGGGAGAAACGAAGUGAAUGGAUUGCAGUACUGAGGUUCAAGAAAGCUGUGCGCCACUUCUUUCCAAGUUAAAUCCUUCAGUAACAACAAACACCAUUCACUUCAAGACGCAUUGCCAGCGCCGUGGCUUCCCUCAGCUCUUGGCCACAACUUGAAAACUGUUUUGAAUGAAGUACUCGGGGAGAAGACAGACCACUGCCCGCUGUGCCACAGUUCUCUUCAUGCACGGGGUCCUCCUGUAACAAUUACUGUUGUGUACAUAUAAGGUAUUUUUAGAGAAGAGACACAGGCCUUUAUUUUCCUAUGUCCUUUUUUACGUUUAGAAUAGUCACCUGAGGAGAGAUCAGCUCACCUGUACUGUGGGAGAAAUUAUUUUCCAACAAACCUCAUGCUCAUUUUUCUGUGGUGCAUUUGAAAUGGGAUUUGAACGUGGUCAUUUCAAGGACAACGUGUUCUGUCCUCACCUCACUCUGGUACUCACCUCUUGGGGCGGCUCAGCCCAUUCAUGGGGACAGCACCAAGCGGCCACGCCCAGUCUUCCAGCCCCGCUGAGGGUAAACCGAAGCCUCUGGCAGCUGUGCACAGGUGCUGGCCUCUCGCUCCUUCAAGGAGCACUGCCUGUCACUCGCUCCUGGGCUGUCUGGCCAUGCUUCCCGCCACCACUGUACCGCUGCCAGCUGCCGGGAUCAAAGCAAGUCUGCUCUUAUGUUAUUUGCCUGUAUGAAAUCAUUUCUCCUUUUAUCACAAUUCCUUCAACUCAGCUUACUCACGUGGCUGCCUGUUAAUAUUUGAAAGCAGCCACCGUGCUGUGGCUUUGGUUUGGAAAAGCAUAGCACGCACUUCCCUUGGUUUUCCCUUCCCAGAGCCGACCGCAGCUGGUCAGCCCUCUUCCCGCUCCUGAACCUUUACUGACUGACUUUGAGCUCUGUGACUCCAUCAGUCCUCGCAGGAAUUAAUUUACCACCAAUUGAUUCAAUCCACUUGCGUGCCAUAGCUCUGAGCUCCUCUGUGUGACGCGCCACAGAUGAUUAUUGCACACCUGGGUCCUGCCCCAGCAGGCCAUGCCCCUCCCUCAUGCUGUGCCCGUUGCUGCAACUUCCCGCCACCCCACCACCCCACCACGGGCUGCAGGAAUUCAGCCUUCAGAGGCAGAGGCGGCUGCAGCGGCUCCUAGGGUCAAAGCCCAGCGUGACUGCACAGCAAUGUUAGCUGGCUGUUUUCAGAUUACUGGAUUCCACACAGUCCUACAAAUUGACCUUAUUUUUGAAAAUAUGUUAAGGGAUUUUUAAUAGAGAAUGGAUUUUUUUUUAAAAAAACUGGGAACCUCCUGAUUCUUACUGAAAAUUAUCCUUCUAUAAGAUAGCAGAGAGAUUUAUUGAAGGUAAUUUGAUAACCUAAAAUCAAUUCUCCAUUUUGAUCACAUGUGCGAUUUGUUGCUAAAUCAUAUUCAACACUAGCUUUUAUGUUCCUGACAUAUCUGAAAGCUUAUUUAUGAAUGGGUAAAGUGGAUUAUAGAUACACUGAUUUUUUUUUUUAAUGGGGACAUUAUUUCCCAUUUUCUUCCCAGACAUAUGUAAAUCCCCUGGCUGACUAGGACUAGUAAACAUAGUGUGGAGUGGAUGAUGCCUUCGACAAACCAGAGAAGCCAAGUUGUGGGGAGCUGGUGCCUGGAGUGGGCCCUGUGCACCUCACCUGGCGGAGGCUGGGGGGGUGCCGUCAGCAGGACCCUACAGACUCCCAAUCAAUUUUACAGAAGCACAACGGGUCAUUUCCCUGUGUACGUUCCUAGUGCAGAACUGUUUCUAAAACAACUUGAAGUAGAGUUUUGUUAUCUUAAGCAAUUUUUGUUUUGAGUGUACUAGAAUGCGACACCUUUAUGGUUCAGGUUUUUAAAAACUGGUACAGUAUUGUAUUUGUCUCAUCUGUUGCACUGUAUUUCAGUCUGUCAUUAAAAUGAUCUUAUGUUUG